CAGAGCCGCGGCAGCGCCGGGGUUGCAGAGCUACAGCCCGCCGGCAUCGCUCCCACCGCCUCCUCCGCUCCGCUCCUCACGAUGCCGAGCUUCCUGAAGUGGCUGCUGGUGACCGUGGGGGUCGCCGUCGCGGUCGUGGCGAUCACCGUGCCCCUGGUGCUGCUCACCGGCAAAAGUCCCUCUAAGCCUGAUUCACGAAAAACGUACACUCUACAGAAUUACUUGAACAAUGACUAUUCAUACAAACUAAAUGAUCUACAGUGGAUUUCAGGAAAUCAGUAUCUCUGUGAAACAAAUAAUGGGAACAUCCUACUUAUCAGUGCUGACAAUGGAACAUCAUCAGUAAUCUUGGCGAAUACAACAUUAGAUAAGUACAAGGCAAGCACAGCUAUAUUGUCUCCUGACCAAAAGUUUGCUCUUCUGCGGUACAACUAUAGAAAGUUGUGGAGGUAUUCCUUUACAGCUUCAUAUCACAUCUAUAAUUUCAGUAGCAGCUCUAUUCUAGAUGAUGGACUACUACCUAAUGAUACACAAUAUCUAUCCUGGUCACCUGUUGGUCACAAACUGGCAUAUGUUUGGAAAAAUAAUAUUUAUGUAAAAGCUUCACCAACAUCAGCAGCUGUGCCAGUCACUCAAAAUGGAGAAGAAAAUAAAAUUUUCAAUGGAAUACCAGAUUGGGUUUAUGAAGAGGAAAUGUUUGGCACCAAUUCUGCUCUGUGGUGGUCUCCAAAUGGCAAUUUUUUGGCAUAUGCAGCCUUUGAUGAUACAGAAGUUCCUGUUAUAGAGUAUUCCUUUUAUUCUGAUGAUACCUUGCAGUAUCCAAAGACCAUCAAAAUCCCAUAUCCCAAGGCAGGAGCUACAAAUCCAACUGUGCGAUUCUUUAUUGUGGAUACCGAGUCAUUACCAAAUUCCAUCCCUGUUGAAAUUACUCCACCUACAGAAAUAAAAUCAGGAGACCAUUAUUUGAGUGCUGUAACAUGGGUAACAGAUGAAAGGAUUUGUCUGCAGUGGCUCAGAAGAAUUCAGAAUUUUUCAGUCCUCACAGUCUGUGACUUUGAAAAUGCUAAUUGGUCAUGUCCACAGGGAAAACAACUUACGGAAGAAAGUACAACUGGCUGGAUUGGCAGAUUUCAGCCAUCUGUCCCUUACUUUGCACCCGACAAUGCUACCUACUACAAAGUCCUCAGCAACACAGCAGGUUACAAGCACAUCUAUUACAUAAAUGGCUCGCAGGAUCCAGUACCUAUUACUUCAGGGAAGUGGGAAGUAAUCAGCAUAGAAGCUGUAACAAAUGACUUUUUAUACUACAUUAGUAAUGAAAAUGGUGGAAAACCAGGAGGAAGAAAUCUCUAUAAAGUGCUCUUGGAAAGCAGUCCAAGUUCUACUAAAUGUGUUAGCUGUGAUCUGAAUCAAGAAAGAUGCCAGUAUUAUUCUGUGUCCUUCAGCAAAGACGCACAGUAUUAUCAGCUAAAUUGUCUUGGUCCUGGCCUGCCCAUAUCUACUCUGCACAGAAGCAUUGACGAUCAAGUCCUCAGAUACUUGAAAAAUAACACUGAACUGGAAAAUGCAUUGAAAGAUAUUCAGAUGCCUUCAAAAAAGUUUGGCUCCCUUAGUGUAGGUGGAUACAACCUGUGGUAUGAAAUGUUAUUGCCUCCCCAUUUCGAUUCAUCAAAGAAGUACCCUCUGCUCCUUGAGGUAUAUGCAGGGCCUUGUAGUCAGAAAGUAGACUAUACCUUCGACCUCAGCUGGGCUACUUACCUUGCAAGCACCGAGCAGAUCAUCGUGGCCAGCUUCGAUGGCAGAGGAAGUGGAUACCAAGGGGAUGAAAUUAUGCAUGCAAUAAACCGAAGGCUGGGAACAUAUGAAGUGGAAGAUCAGAUAACAGCAGCCAGAAAAUUUUCAGAAAUGAGCUUUGUUGAUAAGGACAGAAUAGCUAUUUGGGGUUGGUCUUAUGGGGGAUAUGUGACCUCCAUGGUGCUUGGCUCUGGAAGCGGCGUGUUCAAGUGUGGAAUAGCGGUUGCCCCCGUGUCACACUGGCAAUAUUAUGAUUCAAUAUACACGGAGAGAUACAUGGGCCUUCCUACAGCAAGUGAUAAUCUGCAAAACUAUUAUAAUUCAACAGUAAUGGCCAGAGCUGAAAAAUUCAAAGAAGUUGAAUAUCUCCUUAUUCAUGGAACAGCAGAUGAUAAUGUUCACUUUCAGCAAGCAGCACAGAUUUCCAAAGCUCUUGUUGAUGCCGAAGUGGAUUUUCAGGCAAUGUGGUAUACUGACAAAGACCAUGCCAUCUCCGGUCAAGCACAUAAGCAUAUUUAUACCCACAUGAGCCACUUCAUAAAGCAGUGUUUCUUGUUGCCCUAGAACCAGCAUUUUGCUUGUUAGCGAUGGUACUUCUCCAGAAAAAAACUCUAGAUCAUGUACUCUGAGCCAGUAUAAAUCAAGAUGAGAUAAGAGUUAGCUCUUGGGAUACCAGUGUACACAAUAAAAUGCAUAUCUUUAUGAUUUCUGUUGCCAAGCAACUACUGCAUUUUUAUUGAUUGUGGUUAAUCAGCUCUUAACAUCACCAGAAUGAUGUUGCAGACUUCUAGGAAGCAUGGUACUUCCUUGAGUUUUUGAUUAGUUUUUGACAUUUCAGUCUAAAUGAGAACCAUGCAGUUUGUGUAUUAUGGUAAUGAAUGAUAAAAAUGCCACAGAGGAACCAACAUGGAAAUCAGUUGCAGAAUAUAAGUAAAGAUGUUUCCAUCAAAAGUGAAAUGUACCCUGGGAUCAUUUAUGUGAAAACAUUGACAAAAAAUUUUGAAGGAAUUCUGUAAGGCUUGAUAAUUAUUAUUUUAGAAUUGUCAUCAGGAAUACUGUGAUGUUAUUUUCUGUGCAGAAUGAAAGGCUGUUUUUACUGCUGUUCCUUAAAUUACUGUCUUCUCUGCAAUCUCUUGGAUUACAAUUGUAGAAGUCUUGCAAGGAAAGCAUGUAUCCAGCUUUCAUCAAACAUUUUGAAUGAUACAUACUCAAACCAAUGUCACUGCAUUUCUUUGUUUUGCUAUUAUUAUAUAGAACUGUGAUUUUUUUCUUAUUUUUAUAGUAAAAAAGGCUGCUACUGUGGGAAUCUGCUCUAGUAGAAUCUUCCCUGGGAAAUCUAGAAGACCACCACUGGUUUUUUUAAAUGUAGAAGUUUCUUAUUUACUGAUGAAUAGGAUCUGUUCCUUACACUCAAACAUAAAACAUUACAAUGAAAAAUAGUAGUCACUUAAAGCAAGGGCUGGACCAUCGCUCUCCUGUGAACAUGCUCUUUGGCAAACCUGCUUUUCCUUACAGCCUACCAGUAAAUGUCUGCACUAUCUUCAGCAUUUCCGGUAGGCUUCUCCAUCUGAGGAUAAGAUUACUUUUCUCAAUUUCACAUAGCUAGAAAAGAUGCAACCCACUUGUACUAAAAACUGUUCUGCUUUAAAAUAAUAAAGACAUUAAGUCAUAAA